AUGAAGACAACUAUUGCGACUGUGUUAUUUCUUGCAGUCUUCACAGGAAUCUCUGAUGCAUCUGGACAUUGGAGUGAUUUUGUGAAAGCCAUAUACAAAGCAUCUCACUACCAGGAGCAGUCUGACUUGUACGAGUCUAGUAACAAUGGAACACUACUGCCCAUACCAUUACCAAUCGAAUUUCCUGAUGGUUCUUGCACAUCCGUUAUAUCUCCACCGGAAUUCCCAGAUUUACCAAGGCCACCCAGAGACUUCCCAUGUUCUUGUGUUAACCCAGGCACAUCCGCAGUUUCAGUACAUGCAUUAUCUCCCUUUGAUGUUAAGAUAGUUGGGGCAUUAGGUGAUUCGCUGACAGCAGGCAGUGGAGCGGACGCAGCCAUUAUAGUUGGAUCGUUAAAUGACUACAGAGGUGUAGUCUACAGUAUCGGUGGAGACGAAGACUUUUCGGCAGGAGUCACUACUUUACCAAAUAUUUUACAAGAGUAUAGCCCGUCGCUGAAAGGAUUCUCUUUAGGAGUUUGUAAUAGAGAUGAAACGGCAUCGGCUUUGAACGUUGCUAGUCCUGGUGAUGUAUCAAGAGACAUGAAGUACCAAGCAUACCGACUUAUUGACAGAAUGAAACUGCACCCAGACGUUGAUUAUGAACUCGACUGGAAAGUCGUAACGAUCUUAAUUGGUGGAAAUGACCUGUGCUCUUUCUGUGAUGAUAAAGAACUGUACACAGCCGAGCGAUACCAGCAACAUCUUCAAGAAGCUUUAGACGUCUUACAUGAGGGGAUGCCAAGGGCUUUUAUUAAUUUAGUUUCCGUAUUGCAAGUAGCAGAAUUAUCACAAUUAAAUGGCACUAUAUGUAAUAUCAUUCAUUGUCUGUUUUGUACUUGUGUUAAGUAUGGUGAUGAUCAGAAUGAACUAGUUGAGCUCACCAAAGAAUACCAGCGUGUCACCCACGAACUCAUUGAUAGUGGGCGCUAUGAAACAUCAGAUGACUUUACAGUUGUAGUGCAGCCAUUCCUAGAAGAGACCACUCUACCACUUGAUGAGAAUGGUGAUCCAGAUAAAUCAUAUUUCGCAAAAGACUGCUUUCAUUUCAGUGAAAAGGGACAUGCUACCGCCGCAGUGAAUCUUUGGAACAACAUGUUUGAACCUGUUGGGUUAAAGUCUCGCGUGUUUAACCCUGAAGCCGACGUUUACUGUCCAACUCAGGAUGUUCCAUACUUUUAUACAUCAAAGAACAGUGGUAUCGAACCUACAACAUCAUCAUCAGCGUCACCAAGAAUAUCUCAUGUGUUCUAUAUAUCAUCUAUGGUUAUGUUAUUUGAAUACUCAUUCUGGAACUGA